AUGGUCAAGCCUCGAGGCAAAAGAAGAAAACAAGGACCCUUUCUGUUAGGAGUCCGCCUUCCAGUUCUCUCUGUCAACAACAAGCUUGCCCGCAGCCCAACUAUGGAGUACAUACGCAGUGCCUACUCCGUACCCAGCGACCCGUUCUACGCCAGAUACAGCUUAACCUCAUCCCCUGGUCCGUGUGUCGCCUUCGACUGCCUAGGCGCAAUGCCCCCAGGCUCAGUGUGGAGGAGGAGAGUGGAUGAGCUCCCUCAAGCGUCUCCAUGCCAUUUUCUCUGCCUCUCUGCCUCCGCCUCUGCUACUGGGUCGAUUGGUUCACGCGGCGGUCAGAGAUCUCUGCCUCAAAGACGGCCCAAGCCUUUCGGGAUUCAGGGUUCUGCGCUGUGCCCUAUACCGGAGCCACGCUCUCAUGUUGCAUGUUCGUUUGCGGCUUACGGCUUGCCCUCGGUUUUUCGACGUUGGGGAGGGGCCUCACUUGGAAUGGGGAACUUACAUCUCCGUACUGUUUCCAGUGUAGGUAAACGGAGUAUUGAAAGGCUUUUUCAACGAGUUUUCCAAUGA